UGGUUUCAUCCAGGUUGUUGGAGAGGUGGACUUCACUAGCCUUGCUCUUACCCACACAGUCCAGCCACUUAAAGCUGUGGAGCAAAGAAUGGCAUGGUUGGUCCCAGCCCGUCCGUGAUGGGGACACCCCGCCCCGCCUCUUUCCGUCAGGCAUUGAGCGGCACCCACAUCCUCUGCCCCUGUUCCAGAAAAUAAUGGAGAUAAUAAGAGUGCUUACCUCAUAGGAUUGUUGUGGGCAUGAAAUGAAAGAAUUGAUCCGUGUAAUGUGCUUGGAACAAAGCCUGGGCUAGAAGUGCUCACUGAUGAAAAGUAAAAAAGAUUUGAAGUGUGAGAAGGAUCUGAUAUGAGGAGAUUCUCUUGCUGGUUUUGACGAUGGAGGGGACCACACGGCAAUGAAUAUGAUUAGCUCCUAGGACCUGAGAGCAGUCCCCGGCUGACAGCGAGAAAGCUAGGACCUUGGUCCUACAACUUCAAGAACUGAGUGCUGCCUACAACCAGCUGAGCUUGGAAAUGGACCCUGAGCUCCAAGUGAGAUGAGAAGUAGCCACUGCCCCGAGCCUGAGUUCCGGAACAAGGCCUGGAACCAAGCCCGGAAGCAGAGCCUGAAGCAGAGCACUUACGCAGGGCUCGCCUAGGUGAGCCAAGCUACAAGAACUGCAACUGACCUGAAGAAGGCACUUGGGGGACAUCCAGUGCUCUCAGGAUCAUUUUCAUCAGCCAUCAUUGCACUGAUGCAGAUGUAUGAUGAUGACAAAGGAUAACAGAAGUCAUUUGAAUAGCAUGAUUCUAAACAAUGUGUGAUCCAGCUCAAAAGAGAUCGCUCACUUCACCUCUGGCCCCAGCAGAGCUGCAACCCAAAGGCCUUGAUGCCAACCUCCUGCAAUUCUUUUUGUUUCGCUCCUGGACUUUCCUGUUUCCAAUUUCUGCCCAGCUAUUUGAAUUCUCUCUCUUAGGCCCAGGAAAAUGAGAAAGAAGCUCUUCAUUCCAGGGCAGGCAGAUACUGGAAAAUCCUUACAUCCUCGUCAGUUUCACUUAGCGCUGGUUCAGGGAAAGUUGACUAUUUUAUUGAAUUGAAGAGCAACUGGAUAAUUUAAAAAAUCCACCUCUGAGAUGAAUAAGCAGAAUGUGGGUUGGGUAAGUGCUAGCUUAAAAUCUUGAAAAUGAGCAAUGUUCCGGGGGAAAGGUGGAUGCUAUUGUCUCUCUCUCUGCCUUGACGCAGUGUGCGCGCUGAGCUCGGGUCUGAGCAUCGUGGGACCCCAUGGGCACGGCACUGACAAGGUCCGCGCAGUGGACGGCUGUGGGGCACGGGGCUAGGGCCCUGGAAACUACCCCUCUCAAUGAGGCGAUACUGAAGGAAAUUAUUGUGUUUGUGGAGAGUUUUAUCUGUAAACAUCCCCAAGAGGCAAACUAUGUUUUUGUAGAACCACUGGAAUGGAAAACCAGUUUGGACCCCUCAGCCUUUGGACCGGGCUACGUGGUCAGUGAAACAACAGUCGAGUCAGAAGAAGCGGAUAGCAAUGCACAGCCUUUGCUAUUUCUCUCUGUACCACAGAUCAAAAUUAGGAGCUUUGGGCAGCUGUCACGUGUGUUACAUAUUGCCACAGAUGCCAAGCUGAAGGAAGCACAAGCGUGUAUUGAAGCAAACAGAAACCCCAUAGCAAAAAUCCUGGGCUUGGAUUAUAAUAUGAUAAAGGAAAUAAAUGAAGACUCAUCUGUAUUAACUAUUCUUGAUAAAAUUACCAAAGAUGAUGAUCCUGAAAGUGAGAUUAAGAUGAAGAUUGCCCUGCUACUCAAGCAGCUGGAUCUGCACCUACUCAAUCAUUCUCUGAAAAAUAUUUCCUUAGAAAUACGAUUAAAUCCAGGGACUGUUAAGAAUGAUAUAGAGCUGCUUAAACGGUUCUCAGGAAAGGGAGAAAAGACAGUCUUGGAAUCUAUCGAGUACACCUCAGAUUACGAAUUUUCAAAUGGAUGUCGAGCCCCACCUUGGAGACAAAUUCAAGGGGAAAUUUGUUAUGUGCUGGUGAAACCACAUGAUGCUGAAACUUUGUGCAUUACUUGUAGCAAAGAAGGAGUGUUUUUAAAUGGUGGCAAAACAGAUGAUGAGGGGGAAAUUAAUUAUGAGAGAAAAGGAGAAAUUUAUAAAGACCUUGUCACACUUUUAAGAGAAAAAUCAGCAAUAUUUUCUGAAAAUAUGUCUCAACAGGAGGUUAGAUCCAAUGAAGAACAGCAAAAGGAAAAGGAUCAGCCUAAUGAGGAACCUGAGGAGGAAGCAGCCGCUUUACGUAAAGCUAGCGCUGCUUCCCGCGGGAGUGCGCUGGAGAAGAAGCAAAUCAGUUUGGGAAGGAGUCAGAUGACCAAGAGAUUAGAGCCAAGUUUGAACUGGAAGACCAUACUUUUUGAUGCCAAAAAGAACAAAAGCUCACUAAGAGACACCCAAGAAGAAAAACAUGGAGGAAGACUUGAAAAGUCCAGACCAUCUACUUCAUCUGGAAAAGCACAGUUAAUUCGUAAGAGUGUUGAAAAGAUUGAGGGGAUUAUUAGUGAGAGCUCCUCAGAGAGUGAGGAAGAUGAAGAACCACCUGACCAUCUUCAGGAAACAAAUGCAGAUUUGCCAUCAGAAUACUGGCAAAUUCAGAAGCUGGUGAAAUAUUUGAAGGGAGGAAAUCAGACGGCUACAGUGAUCGCAUUGUGUUGCAUGCAGGACUUCAACUUAGCGCAAGAGACCUGCCAGUUGGCGAUCAGGGAUGUUGGAGGCCUUGAAGUUUUAAUAAACUUACUUGAGACAGAUGAAGUCAAAUGUAAGAUUGGUUCGUUAAAAAUCCUGAAGGAAAUCAGCCAUAAUCCUCAAAUCAGACGUAAUAUUGUUGACCUUGGGGGCUUGCCAGUCAUGGUUAAUAUUCUUGACUCUCCACAUAAGAGCCUGAAAUGUUUGGCAGCUGAGACAAUUGCGAACGUCGCCAAGUUUAGGAGAGCCUGGCGGGCGGUGAGACGCCAUGGGGGCAUCACCAAACUGGUCGCUCUGCUUGACUGUAGUCAGCAUGCCACAGAACCUGCGGAGCGGAGCCUGUACGAGGCCGACGAUGGGGAGGUGGCCCGCUGCGGGGCACUGGCGCUGUGGAGCUGCAGCAAGAGCUACGCGAAUAAAGAAGCCAUUCGUAGAGCUGGGGGCAUCCCUUUGUUGGCUCGGUUACUGAAGACUUCUCAUGAAAACAUGCUAAUCCCGGUGGUGGGGACGUUGCAGGAAUGUGCCUCAGAGGAAAACUACCGAGCUGCAAUCAAAGCUGAAAGGAUAAUUGAAACUCUGGUAAAGAAGCUGAAUAGUGAAAAUAAGCAGCUGCAGAAGCACUGCGCCAUGGCCAUCUACCAGUGUGCCGAAGAUGAGGAAACCCGCGAGCUGGUUAGGCUGCAUGGAGGACUCAGAGCCCUGGCUUCUCUCCUCAGUAACACUGACAAUAAGGAACGGCUGGCCGCGGUCACAGGGGCCACAUGGAAAUGUUCCACCAGCAAAGAGAAUGUGACCAAAUUUCGGGAAUACAAAGCCAUUGAAGCCUUGGUGGAACUUUUAACGGACCAGCCGGAAGAAGUGCUCGUGAAUGUAGUUGGUGCGUUGGGAGAGUGUUGCCGAGAGUCUGAGGGCAGAGUCACCCUCCGCAAACGUGGUGGCGUCCAGCCACUCGUGGACCUCCUCGUGGGAACAAACCGAGCUCUACUUGUCAAUGUCACAAAAGCGAUCGGUGCUUGUGCACUAGAGCCCGAGAGUAUGGCGAUAAUUGAUCACUUAGAUGGAGUUCGUUUGUUGUGGUCCCUACUAAAAAAUCCUCACCCAGACGUGAAGGCCAGUGCAGCUUGGGCCCUCUGUCCCUGCAUCCAGAAUGCAAAGGAUGCUGGAGAGAUGGUUCGUUCCUUUGUUGGUGGUUUGGAACUUGUUGUCAAUUUACUGAAAUCAGAUAAUAAAGAAGUUUUGGCGAGUGUAUGUGCUGCUAUUACCAAUAUAGCAAAAGACCAAGAAAAUUUAGCUGUUAUCACAGACCAUGGAGUUGUCCCUUUAUUGUCCAAACUAGCAAAUACAAAUGAUGAUACACUGAGACGUCAUCUAGCAGAAGCCAUUUCACGUUGCUGUAUGUGGGGCAGAAACAGAGUGGCCUUUGGCGAGCACAAGGCAGUGGCUCCAUUAGUGCGGUACCUGAAAUCAAAUGACACCAACGUGCACAGAGCGACAGCCCAAGCCUUGUACCAGCUUUCAGAAGAUGCCGAUAACUGCAUCACCAUGCAUGAGAAUGGCGCAGUGAAGACCCUCAGGCUUCCAGAAAGCAGCCAGAACAACACCCCACUCCAACAUUCUGAGAUUUCGGCAAAGUCAGAAGGGAACCGAGAUGACUCACUAACAGAUGGAAGAGAACACCUUGGUAGAGCUGCCUACGGAAAAGAAAUAACAUGUUAACAGCAAAGAAAAUAAUGGAGAGCAUCACAGAA